AUGCUGCUGGUGCUGGUGAGUGCUACCACUGGGGCCGUUUGUGGCUUUGUCGCGUCGAGUUGGAUUCGCAAGCGCAAGCCCAAGAAAUCAUAUGCACAAUUUGAGAGUUUCGAGGUGAUCCAACAGAAUCUCUGGAGUGAUGCUGCGAAGGCCACAGCGAAGGCUGAUGGUGCCAAAAACUUGGAGAUCCUACGUGCCGGCAACUUGCUGGGCAAGACGUGGCCCGUCCGAAUCUCCUGCCGGGAGGCCAACGGUGCAUCCGGCAAGGUGAUUCAUUUCAUCCGCCAUGGCCAGGGGUUUCACAAUUCGCUCUUCGAUUUCAGCAGUGUCUUCGAAUUCGAAGUUGGCGACAUCAGCCCCUACCACAUUCCUGAGAUGUUGGACCCGCCGCUGACGGAGAUCGGGCGUCAGCAGGCGCUGCGUUUGCGCGGCGUCGCUCUGCAGACGGCGCCGCAGCUGGUGCUGGUCUCACCGAUGAGCCGGGCCCUCAUGACGUCCAACAUCGCCUAUGCUCACCUGGUGGGAAAGAUUCCCUUCAUCGCGCACGAUGGAUGUAAGGAAAAGUCGCACGCCAUGGCGGCGGACUACCGACGUUCUGCCACCAUGGCCCAGGCGGACUUUCCCAAUGUGGACUUCAGCUUGGUCCCAGACAAGGACCCGCAGCUUGACGCCUUGAGACCCGAGACGGACAUGGAUGUGGCGCAGCGGGCCUACGACUUCAUGCUCUUCAUCCGAGAUCGCCCCGAGACGGAGAUCGUAGUCUCCACACAUUCUGCGUGGCUCUUCAAUGUCUUCAAUGUUGUGAUGAAAUGCGACUCGCCAGAGGUGGCGGAGUGGUUCGCCAACGGCGAAAUGAGGUCCGUGCGGGUGAGCUUUGAGAGCUGA